AUGAGUUUCCAACUAGCAGCAUCACCCAGCAAUGACCGAGUAGAUUCCGGCCAAUCAGAAGCCAGCGCGGAUCGGUGGUUGUCCGAUCGCAGCCGUUUAUUUGGUCCUUCGGUGAUCGUGGAGGUGACUAGGCUGGCGAAGAAGAGAGGAGCCAUCAACCUGGGGGAAGGAUUCCCCGACUAUGCUGCUCCUACAGCUCUUAAGGACGCAGGGAUGGCCGCCAUUGCUGCUGAUGUGAACCACUACAAUACUUCUCUGGCUGAACUUGUGGCUCGCACCUUCUCAGAAGCUUCCGGAGUUCCGGUGGACCCAGACACGGAGGUGGUGCUCAGCUCCGGCCAGACCUGCGCCUUUGCCUCGGCAUGCCUCGCAGUGUUCCAGCCUGGCGAUGACGUCAUCCUGUUCGACCCUGCGUUUGAGGCGUAUCACGGGGCCAUUCUGAUCGCUGGUGCCAACCCGGUCUACGUGCCACUCUCCCCUCCCCACUGGUCCAUCGACUUCAGUGCAAUCGCAGCCGCCCUCACUCCACGUACCAAGGGCAUCGUUCUCAACAGCCCGUGCAACCCCACUGGCCGUGUAUUUUCCCAUGAGGAGUUGACUCAACUCGCCCAAUUCUGCUGCCAUCACGACCUGCUGGCGAUCACAGACGAGGUGUACAGCGCAUUCACCUAUGGUGGCAGUGGCGCCGAGCGCCACGUGUCGCUCGCUCAUUGGCCGGGCAUGAAGCAGCGCUGCAUCGUCACCUCGUCCAUCUCUAAAACGUUCCACGUCACUGGUUGGCGGGUGGGGUGGGCCAUAGCACCAUCGCCCAUCGCAGCUGCCAUCAGCACCAUCAGCGCCAAGCUCAUCGACACUCCUCCGGCCCCCUUCCAGGAAUCUUCCCGUGUGGCUCUGUCCCUACCGCCGUCCUACUACACUCAGUUAAGAGAGGACUACACCCUCAAGCGGGACACAGCAGUGGCAAUGCUGCUCGAAGCGGGCCUGGAGGUGCCUCUUGUUCCAGAGGGGUCCGUGUUUGUGUUCGCCCGCAUUCCCGAGCGAUGGGGUGUUGAUGAUGUAAGCAAUGGGAGCGAUGGCACUGACGAGCAUGUAGAGGCAAGGCCCAAUCCGGUCGUGCCAGCUCAGCAUCGGUAUGUCCGCGUGGCGUUCUGCAAGAGCACGGAGACGUUACAAGCGGCUCGAGAAGCGCUACAGCGCAUGCAGGUGCUUCUCCCCUGCUCAACCGCGGUGAUUCUCAAGGCGUGGGGCGGCGCGCAGCCUCUCGAGCCGAUGGCCAACCUCCUGAUCGCCGCAUGGAACAAGCAAGCCCCACCCGCGCAAAGAUUCGGUCCGUAUGACCCUUCCAGCUCCAGCAAUGGCGUUGCGGGAUUCUACAACGGAACCUACUUAAUCGGCGCCUCCUCCGAGCCAAUCAGCACCGACAAGGAGGAUCCCACUAAACCCAAGAUCACCGUCCCUCUCGCUAUUGUCACUUACAGCUUCUUCGUGACAAAAGCUGCGGGCGCGAAGCCUCUGGUUCUCAACGCUGCGCAGUCGUACCAGAUUUUUUCCGGCGCGAUCAAUUCCUGGGAUAAGGUUCCCGCCGCGGCUGCCGCGAAGCUCACGGGCCCGAUCACGCGCGUCGCACGCAGCACCAAGGUCGCGACGACGGCGAUCGUGCAGCAGAUGUGGUUGAAGGCCGGUGCCGGUUACCCGGCCGGCAGCGACACCACCGGCAAGCCCUUCACGUAUGCCGGCCUCGUUUUCGCCGCGACGAGCGGCGAUAUGUGCACCAAAAUCGCCGGGACGCCCGGCAGCAUCGGGUAUUCGCACACCGGCGGAUGCAGCAAAAAGCCUGGCGUCGCGGAGGUGGCUCUGAAGAACAAGGCUGGCGUCGCCGUCUCUUCCGGGAACUGGAACUCCGUAAUUCCCCUUCCCAAGGCGGUUCCUGCUCCGGACAAAUCCUGGGAUUCUGUCGACCUGAUCUGGACUCCCAACGCCAAGGCGCCUCCCAUGGUUUCUAUGCAGUAUUCGUUCAUAAAGAAGAAUCUUAAGGGCGUCACGGGUGGUGCGGCUGCCAAGGGAUUUCUGGUGUUUGCUCUUCCCAAGGCUGGUCCUACGGCUACUGCUAGUGGGUUCGUGCCCGUUCCUUCCCAGUGGUGGGCCCCUUCUUGGAAAGCCAUCAAGACCACGGUCGCUGUGUGA